AUGUCGGUCGAGCCCGCUGACACCUGCUACAGGUGGACCCGCGACUUCGCCGUAGCGCACGCGAUGUUCGGCACCGGGCUCAUCACCCUGCCGGUGGCCGUCCUCCACCUCGCCAAGCGCCCGCACACGGGCGGCGCCGCCUUCUUCGCCGUGUUCGCCGUCUUCUUCGCCGCCGUCAGCCUCACCCUCUGCUGCCGCUUCUACGCCGAGCUCAAGCGCCCGCCCUGGCCGCGCUGGCUCUCCGCGGCAUCGGUGUCCGCCGGAAGCGGCGAUGAAACGACGACGACGUCGGGGGCGGUGCUGUCGCACGACCUCCGACACCCAGGGCAGCCGGUGAUGACCCGGGUUGAGAGCUACGAGCACUGUGGUGGCAGCGCUGCGGACUGCGCGGUGUGCCUGGGCGAGGUGGAGAAGGGGGAGACGGUGCGGCGGCUGCCGGCGUGCGGGCACGUGUUCCAAACGGAGUGCAUCGACGUGUGGCUGAGCACGCACGCGACGUGCCCGGUUUGCCGGCGCAGCGUGACCCUGGCGCUCGAACGGCCGCGAGAGGUCGUCGUGGACAUCGGAGUUGUUUGUGCGCAGCCCGGAGAGACGAUGCCGGCUCAGCCCGGCAUGAUCUUCGCGGACCAGGCCAGGGCUAGUUGGGGUGUGUGA